ACACAGAGGAGAGGGGGUUAGGGACGGGCCCCCAGGCCAGGCAUUCCCUCCUUCUGAGAAAGGACUGAGGCUGCGUCUGCAGUUCCCUUCCCUCCCCCCCAAAAGAGCUGGCUUCUCUAGCUGACAAAGAGAACCUGGGCUGCUGUGAAGUGAGAAAAUGACUGGGCUCUGGUGCCGUGAGUCUGGAGUGUGUCCCGAGUCAGGACUUCAGCUAAGAACAGAGAGGAGGGUGGCCUCUAAGCCAAAUUAAGGGAACAAGCUUCCUGCCUCAUCAGCCUCUCAAGCAGCUGGCACGUCACCCAGCCCAUGAUCCCCCUUAGCUGUUUGCUUUCUUGUUCCCUCUCACUUUGUGCAGUCAAUUCCAAUUUCUCUUUUUAAUGGGAAGAAUUCCCCCAUACUCAUCCCAGCCUUCACCACCUGCUGCUCCCUUAAUACACUAAUUCUUUUCAUUCUGCUAUACUGCUGGCCCUGUAGCCAGUGAAACUGAGAGCAUAUUAUUGUGAUACACUAUCAAGACAGCUUCUCUGACUAUGCCGAGAUCCCUCCCCAUUAUCAAUGGGCCUAGGAGUACCCCAGCUGGUUCUGGGGGAAAAGGGGAGCCGCCUGCCUUAUUCCAUCUUUCUCAAAGUUACCCUCCUAUCCAAAAAAUGUCAUUCAUUCAGGCCUUUAGACUAGUGCCCCGGUUAUGACGCUGGGGCCAGAAAGUAAGAGACGGCUCACCCUUGUCUGAAUAAGCCCCACCCGAGAGGAAAGCAAAUGUUUGGCUCAUCUCUUAAACACAGUGGAGGGCAGGGCUCUCCUCUGGUUUGGGGCUAAUGAAUGCCAGGUUAAUAAUAGCCAACCAUCUCAAUGGGCAAAGUUGUGCAAAGCUUGAUUUAAACCGCCUCCCUGGGAGCAGCGGAAGCUAGGGAGCCCCUUCCAGCAGCAGGUGGGAGCAAUCUGUGAUCUGAAUCGCCUCUUCUCCCACACACCUGGGGAAGCCAAAGCAGAGGGUUAGAGGGCUUUGCUCUCUGUCCCUGGGAGAAGAUGCUGUCAGGCAACAUCCUGUGGGACCUCGGGGAGGCAGAUUCCUCCUGCACCAAAGACUGAGAAAGUCUAGGGAAUAGUGUCCAUUGAAAAUGGAAGAAGGUGCUGGUUCUGCUGCCAGAUGGCUUAGGGGAAAUGCCUUUUAGCUUAACUCUAGCACUUUGACCUUUCCUUCCCCCGUGAUCACAACUCCCAAGAGAGAGACUAUCCAGGCCAGGUUUUCUACUGCUCACUUUCCAAUCCUGUUGGCCUGUGGCCUGCAAACACUACACAGUAAAGUCUGAGAGUCAAACACAGAACUAGUAAAAUGCUGCCCAGUGAGACCCUAAGGCCCAAAAUAGCACCAGAUGCCAUGAGCAAUAGAAAAGGAAGUCUUGGUUUUGUAGGCCCAGGCAGCUGGAAGGGAAAGACUUGAAAUUGUUCAUCUUGCCUCGGAGUUCAGAAUUCUAAUUUGGGAUCUUGUUCAUUCAUUCCAGCUCUGCUAGUGCCAGGAGGUUACCCCUGAAACCUUCUUUAGUAAAAUGAGGAGGAAGCACUCUCCUUCUAAGAAUGCUGACAGAACCUGUCUUGUCAGUGGGAUUGGUAAAAAACUCAAGCUAAGACCUCACUGGGCAGGAUGUUAGGCUGAACACAAAGCCAGGCGAUAUCCUUUUCCCCAAGGGGUCAAGAGAAUUAUUCCCUCAUCUAUCUCCCUGACCCCCCUCAUUCGCUAUGGAAAUUCACCAUGUGCAUGAAGUGAGCUCAUCUCUGGCUAAGGCCAGCACCUUCUCUUGGUGCACGACUGUUCCCACUAACACACCUUCUGGCUCCUUUCCCACCAUCCGUGGCUGUGGGCCUGAGUUAAUGAAUGCUUGUCAUCCGGUUAUAGAGGGUGAGUCACCUGCACUAGUAACCAGUCCCUCCUCCUCUGACAGUCAGGCCCCACUUCUGCUUUUCAGUUAACCCCCAGCUUCCUUGUAGAGCAAGAGACCCAGAAGGCAGGGCAUCCCUACAUCAAGACUCUAUUGAUCGAUGGUGAAAAAGGAAACAACACAGUGACAUAAAGCAGGCCCGCUCCAGGACUCAGCUGCUGGGGAGUCCCCAGAGGAACUUCCGACUCUCCACUACUGGCCCUGGGCGUUGGCGGGAGCGGCUGCCCCGAUCCCCACAUGCGGAUGCUGCAAUUACCCAAAAGCAUGAAACCCGACUUCCUACGUGACUGAGUCAGCUGGAAACAAAAACACACCAAGGCUGCCGCACACCAGCCCAAGCAGCCAAACCACUCAUCAGAAGCUGGGAGGCACCAGCCUCCGAGGGAACAGCCGCACACCUGCCGGUGCAGGAGCCCGAACACCCCGAGCAGGGACCCGAUUCAGUGCGGCUCAAGCCAGGCCCCCACCCCUCGAGGCCCCAGCAGACCGCUCCUGUCCAUCCCCAGAAGCUCUGCGUCUGAACCACCAGCGCGCCCACCGCCUCUCACUCCAGUAAGUGUCCUUCCCUCUGGCUCUUUUCCCCUGAGACCUCCAGGCCUGCCUGCCUAGGGCUCCAGCUCUGCCUUCUCCUCUGGGAGACAUCUUCCCACAACUUUCGGCAGCUUGUUGGCUGUCAGGCACGCUGACAGCGCGAGCAGAGACCCAGGGGGCCUCUGCCCAUAGCCCUGGGUUGUCUCCCUACGCCUUCCUAGCAGGGAUCAGCUGCUUCUGAGCCUCUGUGAGUCAGUCUAUCCCUGGGCCAAGAGGCCUCCUGAGGGCAGCCAAGGUGGCCUGCUCUUCUCGGUCCCAUGGAGACAUGGCGGAAAGGAUCUUUCCGCAACAAUUCUUUCUUCAAACGUCUGAGCCUGGGGAGACCGCGACGCCUCCGACGGCAAGGCAGCGUGCUCAGCCAAGCCAGCACUGCGGGGGGAGACCACGAGGAAUACAGUAACCGCGAGGUCAUCCGGGAGCUUCGGGGAAGGCCAGACGGCCGGCGCCUCCCUCUGUGGGGGGACGAGCAGCCCAGAUCCACACUGCUGGCCCCCCCCAAGCCCCCGCGCCUCUUUCGGGAGAGCACCAGCUGUCCCAACAUUCUCGAGCCCUCCCCCACCUAUGCUGCCGCCUACUCGGCCACCCUGCCCUCGGCCAUCUCCCUGGCUGGCACACUACAUGAGUACUCUGAGGAGGACUCCCUGGACGCCACGCCGCUGCAGGGGGCGCCUGCCGACCUGACUGACCCCUUCUUUUCCUUCAAGGUGGACCUGGGGAUUUCGCUUCUUGAGGAAGUCCUGCAGAUGCUGAGAGAGCAGUUUCCCAGGGACCCAUGGGCUUGAAGGCGAUGGUGGGAUAGGGACGGGGAUGGAGGGGGCGAGACUGAGGGGAGAGGGCUGAAUGGCUGACCAAUAAAAGCUCCACUUGGUGAGCAGGUACAAAGGGCAGGGGAGGGAGAAGAACCAGCCUGAGCCUCAUCACAGACUUGAGGAACUGGUCGUCCUCCUCCCACAGGGUGCAGUGGGGCAAGUAAGGAACGACUUCCUGGACAGAAGGAUGGAGGAAGGCCAAGGCAGGCUGAGACAGAGAAGGAGCUCCUUAGGACCACAAGACCGGACAAAGCUGGGCUCCGGCAGGGCAGAAGGGAGCAAUCUGGAGUGUGGGAGGAGUAUGGCAGGGGAAGGAACUGACAAAGGUCAGCAGGGGUUGGGGAGACCCCAAGACCAACCCUUGUGAGGUACUGAGAGCAAUGGGCAGGGGCAACAAGACCAGAACUUCAAAGGCAUCAAUCCAAUGUUCAGAACUGGGGGCUUGGAAGCUGUGGCUGCAGACUGGGUCAAGGUACUUGGCAGAAGGCUCCCUGGAAGCACCAGCAAAAUUCAGCAGAAACUAUGGGGAGGAAGUGAUUCACACUCUCUUCCUGGGAUCUAGAAAUGACGAGGGGGGAGGAAGAAUUCCUCAUCACAGUCCUGCAUGGAGGCAGUGACCACAGACUCUCAGCCAGCACUUGGCAGAACCACCACAGAGUGACUGAGGAGCUGCCAGUGCCCGCCCUGCCAAGACCCAGAGAAGCUCUCCCGGAGGAUAUCUGCCAGCUCAAAACGAGCUCCUUGGACCUGGGUCACAAGAUCCAGUUUGGGGUCAUGGCCAAGAAAUUGGGACCAAAGGCUGCAGGACAGUCCCCCUCAAAAGAUGGACUGGCCUGUGCAAUAUCCCAAACUGGCUUGUGAAGGGAAGCAAAAGAAAGCUUAAAUCCAAAUGACUUUUUCUUAUCUUGUCACCUCUCAUACCAGUGCCCUAAGCUGUGGGGUCCCUUUGUGUAUGCCAGAAAUAAAAAUGGACAACAGUGCCACAUCAAAGACCGUGGAAUAAUGUCCCUUUGUGGAAGGACCCUAGAGUUGUUUUGAAAAUCCUUUCCUUCUCCCCUUUCCCUGAGGUGUUUGGGACUGCACAGGGCCAGCUCUCUCAGGCUUGGGUUGGUAUGAGACAAGCAGAGGUAACCAACCUGGGGGCUGCCUAAGGAGGAGGGACCUCAAGGUACAACUCAGACCAACAUAGCGAGGGCAUACCCAUACAUUUACCAUGUACAAGCCCAGAGGACACCAAUGGCUGGGUACAACCUUUCUCUUCUUCUUCUUCUUCCCAUCUCCCAACCCAUCCCAAGUCCUCAGGGCAUUUCCUGAGUUUAGAUAUUCCAACUCUGUCAUCUGAUGGAAAGGUUUUAUUGCCUGUAUUACACGUAUGGAAAGGCAGCAGUAUAUUUCUAGAACCAUGGCACGGCUUCCUUUAUUCAAAACAAGGAAGACUCCUGGAAUCAGAGGAGUUCAAUGAACUUUCUUGAGCCUCUCCCCAAAAGCAAGAGUAAGAGAAAUUGGAGGGAGCAUCUGACUUCCCUCCUGGACCUCUUGCGUAUCUGGUAAGUGGGGGAGUCAAAGGCACAUUUCCCAGGGACAGAACCUUAUCUCUUACACAAAAAUCAGUUUAUUCCUCCAAUGGAGGUCUGAAGAUCCCUGGGGUAAAACCUUUUUCAUAUUCAUACUAAAUUGUUUUGAUUCCUAAUAAGGUGAAUAUAAGGAGCUACAAGCCACACAAACAAAAGCUCUUUGAGGAGAAGGGGAAAGCUCCUUGAUAGUUUUAAGAGUGAAAAGGCAUCCUAAGACCAAAAAGUUUGAAACAAGCUUCUUGAUGAGAGUCAAGGAGGCACGCUAACACAGAGGAGAAAGCAGAGAACAGGUUCCCAAAGCCUCCCCUCCCAGAAGCACUUGGUCUAAGUAUCAUCUAUCCACACAUCUAUCCAGAUGAGCCAGAGAGGAAUAUCCUUGUGCACUGAUCCCAGGAUCCCCAAAAGAUGGGACUGACAGCAUUCAAAGUAACCCAAGCAAACCACAUACAUCCUUAUCCCCUAACAUUCCCAACAUCACCGACUGCCUUUGUUAUGAAAGCUCCCAACUUUCCCCUCUAAACAGGGAGAUAGGCCUUCAGAGUAGUUAUAACCUAGCUGCUUCCCAUGCACCUAAACCAGUUCUUACUCCUGGGAAAUCCCAGUCUCAUCCCAGUAGAUCCAGUCUCACUCCUAGGGCAACUGGUGGCUGUGACAGGUACUCCAAGGGUUGUAGGCUUUCCCGUGCUGUGAACAGUAAGUACCCCAAUGCCGCCAUUUUCAUUUUGAAUUGGAUGGGAUGAGCAGACAUGAAGUCAUUAUCAUUUUCAUCAGAGAUCAAAUUAUAUGAUCUUUCCACCAAAACCAGCUUUCUUCCAAAUUCCUUUGUGACUGAUGAGGUCAUCCCCAUUCUGCCAGUCAUCCAGAUUUACAUCAGGGUCAUCUUCAAAUCCUCAUUCCAAUCACUUGUCAAAUCUUAUCAUUUCUACCUCCGCAGCAAUUCUCACAUCUGUCUCUAUUCACACAGUCACCAUUCUAGUUCAGAUACCACUCACCUCUCAUCUGCCCUACUGCAAUAGACUCCUAAAUGACUUU